UGUAUUCAGCAGAGAGCUGUGCUACUGUUCUCUGCACUCCCAAUAUUGGCUACCACAUUACUCCUUUAGCGAAGGCAUUGCUGGAUGAUGCUUCUCCUGCUCUGCACAUUUGGACUAUAACUGGCUCCGACGUGUAUCUAUCAUUAAGCAGAGAGCAACAUCAUGGAUCUUGUCGCUGCUUUUUCCACAAUUCUGGUCGUCUUUCUUAAUUGCUGCAAAGGGACCAGUCUUGAAAGUGUGGAUGCGAUCCCUCGGGCAGGACAAAUUGUCUGUAAAAAUGGAAGAGAGAAGCCAUGCUACAAAGUUAUCUAUUUCCAUGAUACAUCCCGGAGGGUGAAUUUUGCAGAAGCCCAGGAACAGUGCAAACAAGAUGGAGGUCACCUUAUGACCAUCCUCUCUGAAUCAGAACAGAGUUUCAUAGAGAGUCUCAUCCAAAGUAUGCGAGUGCCUGAAGGGGACUUCUGGUUGGGUCUCGUGAGAACAGAAGAUGAAACCCAAAACUCCAGUGAUUGCAAUAGUUUGUAUAAUUGGGUAGAUGGCAUUAAGCCCACAUUUUGGAACUGGUAUGCAGAUGAGCCCUCUUGUGGCAGCGAGGCAUGUGUAGUGAUGUACCACCAGCCUUCCGCUCUCCCUGGUGUCGGUGGACUCUACAGGUUCCAGUGGAAUGAUGAUCGGUGCAACAUGCGCAACAACUUCAUAUGCAAAUAUUCAUUAGAAAAAACAACAAAUCGUUCUUCUACCAAAACUCCCAAAAUAGACACAAUGAACCCUGAAGAUCCAGAGGAGUCAGUUAAAAAAAUAAAUGGAACAGCCCAGAAAAUUGAUGAGAAUGUUGUGCAUUACAUCCUUAUCGCCGCAAUCCCACUACUGACAUUACUGGUGAUUUUCAUUGGAGUGCUUUGUUGCUGUAUUGCAGAAAAGAGGAAAGAGAGAAACAGUGAAAUGGCCAUUAAAGAACCAAGCUUCUGGACGUCUCCAAAUCGUAGGAACAGUCCAAACCUAGAGGUUUACAGCGUUAUAAAAAGGCAAAAUGAGGCAGACUUGAACGGGACCAGGCCGGAUAUCCGCAAUACUUCAUUCCGAGUGGCAUCAGGGGAAAACUCCCCACUAGACAACCUCUCUGGGGAAUAUGAUAAUUUGGACAGGAACCACUCAGAGAGCGGCUUUGUGACACUAGCCAGCACAGAAAGCGGAUUUGUCACCAAUGAACUAUAUGAACUGUCUAGUGAAAGAUUCGGCAGAAGCACAGAAUCUGGCUGGGUUGAAAAUGAAAUCUAUGGAUAUUAAAAUGUUUAAAAAAAAAACUAUACCAUAAAUGAGCAGAUGUUCAAUGGACAUGAUAACUAUUUUACUAUUUUUUCAUCAAAAAUAUAUUGUCUUAAAUUUGAUCAUUCUAUUUCUGAAUGGAAUAAAUGCUAGUCAUUCUGGAAUGCAAUAUUUACAGUUACUCUUUCUAGGAUUCCAAACGUUUGUGUUAAAAUGGAGAACACAAGUUAGAAUUUGAUGCCCAUGAUUAUGGUAUAUUGGCUUAAUUCAAAAUGCAGUAUUUUGUACAAUUCUUAUACAUUG